GUCGCCGUCGGGACGCAUGCACCGCGCCGCUAGGCAGUUGCCCUGCCGCCGUGCCUGCUCCCAACUUGGUACUCGCCCAAAUUCAAAGCCUCUUAUAUCGAUUUUUUCCCAAAUCUGCAGAAAUUCCACAGAGAUGAGGCCGCUCUCCUAGCACGGUUUUACCGGUUUGUGUUUUCAUGUUUCGUCGUGUUAGUUCUGACUGGUUUUUCCGAUUUUCCGCGCCGGCUUCCUAGUAUUAGUCUGUUUCAGAUAAAACCUGAAGAAAAAAUGCUUAGAAAAGUUCAAUCUCCCACGGUUAAGCACAAAUACUUAAGAUAAGAGAAAAAGUGUUCCAAAUGUACGACAGCUCCUGAUUUUCAUCAGCAUAGUUCCAGUUUUCGAAGACAGGAAAAUACAUGGUGAUCGACGGUCCUUCAUCGUCAUCCAUCAUGGCCGCCAUCCAAGCCACCAGUAAUAGUACCAGCAGUACCACUUCUUCCAGCAACCACCAUCGACAGCACCGAAUUGGAACCAGCAGUGUUAGCGAAUUCUACGAAGGGAAAACGGUGUUCAUCACGGGCGGUACCGGUUUCAUGGGCAAGGUGCUGCUUGAGAAACUGCUGAGGUCGUGUCCGGGAGUGUCCAAGAUCUACCUGCUCAUCAGGCCCAUGAAGGGACAAGAUGCUCAUGAAAGGUUGCAGCAGCUUCUGUCAUCGCCGCUUUUCGACCCGUUGCGCAAAGAGCGGCCCCAAGACUUACGGAAAGUCCUACCGAUAGAAGGCGACAUUACACAACCAGAAUUGGCGAUAACAGCUUCUGACAGGGCCAUGUUGGAACGAAGUGUCAAUGUGGUGUUUCACAGCGCAGCAACUGUCAAAUUUGACGAAAAGCUGAAGCUGAGCGUUACCAUCAAUUUGCUGGGUACCAGAAGAUUGGUAGAGUUGUGCAAGAGGAUGGACCAUCUUGAGGCUUUGAUACACGUAUCAACGGCAUACUGCAACUGCGACCGUACCGAAGUUACAGAAGUAGUCUACUCCCCGCCAAUGGAUCCAGAACGUGUCACAACCCUCGUGGACUGCCUGGAUGAACCUCUAGUCGACCAGCUGACCCCCAGCUUGGUAGGCAACCGGCCGAACACGUACACGUUCACCAAGGCAUUGACCGAAUGCUGGUUGCGAGAACAUUGCGAAGGAUUGCCAUUGGUGAUAGUGAGGCCGAGUAUCGUGCUUAGUAGCGCGGGGGGACCUAUGAAGGGAUGGGUGGACAAUUGGAAUGGACCAACAGGAAUUAUCGCAGCUGCCGGUAAAGGUCUUUUUAGGAGUAUGGUGUGUGACCCAAAUAAAACAGCAGAUUUGGUACCUGUUGAUAUGGUCAUCAACCUAAUGAUCGUGUCAGCAUGGAGGGUAGGAACAACAAAGCCAAAGGAAUUACAAAUAUACAAUUGUGUAACAGGUCAAAGGAAACCGAUAACAUGGCAGCAAUUCAUAGAUCUAUGUUUUAAAUAUAUGAGGAAACACCCAUUUUCCGAUGUUUUCUGGUACCCAAAUGGUAGUGUGAGUAGUAAUAGGACGCUAAAUACCUUUAACUGGAUAUUUUUACAUUGGAUUCCUGCCCAUAUUAUCGAUAGUUUUGUAUGGUUGACAGGUGGAAGGCCUAUAAUGGUUAAAAUCCAGAACAAAUUAACAAAAGCAGCUAGUUGUUUAGAAUAUUUCACCACGCAACAGUGGCAGUUCAAUGAUGAAAAUGUUAGGAAUCUAGUCUCAACGUUGAACGAAGUGGAUAAAGAAGUAUUUUGUUUUGAUGUUGCCAAAAUAGAUUGGAACAAAUAUAUAGAAGAUUACGUUUUAGGUAUUAGGAGGUUUAUAUUCAAAGAAGAAAGAACGUCGCUUCCGAAAGCACGUCGACAGAUGUCAAAACUCUACUGGUCGUACCGGAUAAUGCAAGUUGUGUCGGUACUGCUGACCUGGCACUUCCUGACCACGCGGUACGCCCCGCUACGCAGACUGUGGACCUCGGCGUUGCAUUUCCUCAUGCACAUAGCCAGCAUGCUACCCUUCGUUUAACAUCAAAUAUUAAAUGUCAUCCGCCCCUCGUAUAGUUUGUUCGGUUCAGUUUCUUCAGUCACUGAAAUGAUGAAAAUAAGAGAAUCUACGUUGUUGUGACCAAAACAAAGUAUAUGGAGACGUUCUUAUAGGUCCUAGGAAGUUUUUGCAUGAUGGGUAUAGAUCCAAUAACAUUUUAUCUGUCCUAGUAAACCCGUGGCCAUUGAUUAACAUAUUCUACCUAAAGAGAGGCAACCAUAUACAGGGUGUCAGAAAAGUUCCGGAAUUGUGAACUAAUAAUGGUAGGAAAAAAUUAAGCCCCUCUAUUGAUAGGAGUUUUCUCCAGCCAUUCGAUGGAGACCGUAACCUACUAGGUCAUUUGAAGGACAAGUCGAGAUUUUAAAUGGAAUCGCCCAUUUUUGACCUUGUAAAUGAGAAGAGCGGAAAAUUUUACGUCCGAAUAUGGCAUAUUCUGAAAUUUUGACCUUUAAAAGGUCAUGGUCAAAGCCAAAUCCAGGUACGAUGAUAUAAAUUGAAAGCCAGUAGUCGUAUAGGGAAACUAUCGGGACAUAAUUUUCAUGAUUUUCCCCGGAUAUCCAAUGGUAGCCUUAAAUCUGACCUUGACCAUGGCGUUCAAGGUCAUUUGAAGGUCAACUCUUUUUUAUGGGACCCUAUACCUCUGACCGCAGAUACGGGGAAAAGGGAAGAUUUUAUGUUCGAAUAUGUCCUUGUCCUUUUUAGGAACUUGACUUUGGACUUGACCAGGAAGGUCAAACACAAGUUCACAUUAGUUUCUUGAUCAACCAGAAAACUGUAUAAUUCCCAUAUAAACUGACUUUACUGUUCUUUCAGGUUUGUUCCCUGGCUACCAAAAUCGACUUGACCUUCUCAUGACCUUGAAUAUCAUCUUGGUUAGUGUCAGUUUCAAGGUAACCAUUAUAAAUCCGGAGAAAAUUCAUGAAAAUAAUGAGUCUGUAGUUUCGCUAUUCGAUUACUGGUUGUCAAGUUAUAUCACCAUAUCUGGGUUUGAGCUUGACCACGACCUCCCAGGGUCAAGACCAUACUUGAACGUAAAAUUUUCCUCUUUUUUCAUUUACGGGGUCAAAAAUGGGGGUUCUACUUUUAAGUAGCAGUAGUUUUUAAAAACUCGAAUUUGUGGCACCUCUUAAAUGCCUAUUUUAAUAGGGUAUCUUCAGGCAUCUAUUAACGAAUUCCUCCUGAAGAUACCAAAUCAAAAUAUGCAUUAGACUGGGGUUAAGAAGAGAAUGAAGGUCCUAACGCCAUCUGUGAAACAGUAGCAGCUCUUUUCUACGUAGAUUUCUGAUUUCAUUUUUGUUUCCCGCUAUUGUGUCGUAGAUGGCGCCUUUUUGGGAGCCGCAAUGGUUGCCUAUCUUUUGUUUAUGUCUAAGUUUGUUGACAGAGAAUGGUGUUAAACAGUCAAAGAUCCGUAUUACGCUCGACCUCCACCGAUAUGUCGGCCUGAUAAAGAGUAUUUUUUACAAAAUGAAAUAAGUUUAAGAAUAUGUCGGCGAUAGGUUGCCUAUAAAAAAUGUUUAAUGAUAAUUUUUUUAUUAAAUACUGAAAACGGCAAUGAGUAAGUUAACAAAUGCUUCUUUAUCUCGCUGUAGAUAUAUUUUUUCUUAUAAGGGUUGUUAAAAGAACAAAUAAUGUAAAAACGAACCUUUAGACAUGGUGUUUUGAGGGGGCAAAAUGAUAGUGAGCUUGGUAAUGACCUUGACUGUAACAUUCAAGGACAAGUGAACACUUUCAAAUGUAACCCGUCCUUUUUUACAUCUGAAUUGAAAAGAGGAGUAAAUUUUACGGCCGAACAUGAGCUUGUCUAUGGCCAUAACUGAUUUCAAGGUCAUUUUAAGAUCAAAUCUAGACACUGAAAACAAUUUACUCUUGCAAACAUGUUCGACAACACUAUUGUGAGGUUUGGGGAGAUCAUCUAAAGGUGACCUUGCCCAUGACAUUUAAGCUCAAGUCAAAGCUUCCACAAUGGAAAAUUCAGGAAAUUUUACGUCCUAAUGUGACCUGAAACAACAUUUAUGCUUGAUAUGACCUUGACUUUGAGGUCAAUGUCACAUUCGAACAUGAAUUUUCCUGCUUUUUGAUUUCCAGUAUAAUUUUAAAUUUCGACUUGAUUGUGAAGGUCAGGGUCAAAGUUAUGCCUAAGGUCAUCUUCGGCUGAUCCCCACAACUGUGCGGGUCGAACAGUUUUUCUAGAAGAAAUUGUUUUCAAUAUCUUGAUUUGACCUUGAAAUGGCUUUGAAUGAUCAAAGUCAUGGCCAAGGUGAUGCUACGACAUAAAAUUUGUUCCUCUCUUCGAUUCUGAUGUGGAAAAGGGGGUUUUAUUUGAGAAUAUUCACUUGACCUUGAAGGUCGUUGCAAAGGUUUGCAUCAUCGAAAUCUUAGUUUUUCUUUGGAUUUUUUUUUGCUAGGAUGAGCAUGUAUAAACUAUAUUUGAAUAAUGGAUUUAUUAAGUUAAAUAAAGUGUUAUGGCAUCUGAGCUAGAUUGCAGCAGUUGGAUAAGUUAUUUGUCGAUGUUUGAAAAAUAUCUGUGUUGCUUGAGCAUAACCAUUGACAACAGAAAGCAAAUGUGUAUCUCCACUUUUAAAAAAAAUGAUAUGCAAGGUUUUUACGAAAAUUACAUAUUUCUCUAAUAUCUACAAAUCCCAUAUUAGUCCAGUAAAUGAAGAUAUUAAAUAUAAAAGAAAUUAAGAUUAUAUUCGCUUGCUGUGAAAAUACUUGUUUUUCCCUUAUCACAUUAUGCAGGAACGUAUGUCUGAAAAAUUGACCAUCAUUGGAAAAAUUCUGGAAAAACUAAUGUAAAGACAUGUCUAUUGGCUUUGUUAGAGUUGAACUACCCUUGGGUCUCUUCAAGUUAUAGUUUAUGUUGUCGAAGUUUUUUCUCUUUCAGUUUUCACUUACUGGGUGAUACUGCGAAAAAACAAGGUAUUCAUAAUUAAAUUUCCUGUUAUGUUCAUUCAAUUUAUUUGGCAUUGUACUAUUUAUUAACUAUCGCGAAAGAGUGUAAUAUGCGUGAAAAACAAAAACCUUUAUAUAGAUAGGUAACAUUUGAAAAUAAACCCUAAAAAGACGGCGUUGUUAUAUUGUACUUGAAUGUGGUGCUUCCAUUUUGAAAAGUUGAAAACUUCCAUCGUUGUGUCACGUCGACCAUUUACGCACAAACUUUUUUGAACAAUUUUAUACCCCAAAAAUCGCGCUAUCCAAAUCCAGGACAGAAUAUGGCAUAAGCCGUGUUCUAGCAACGAUUUUCAAAUGGUGCGCAACCGUCAAAGGACCGGGAACAAAACAUGGAAAAUGGUCCCAGUUGAUUUCUCUAAAAAUUCAGGAAUGAUAUAUGUCUUGUCGUUCCGAACAAAAGCGUCCAUGUAACCAGAGGAAUGCUAUGAUUAGUUUCUCAGAAAUGGUGAAGAAACAACGACAUUAUCGAAAAAUAAUAAUGCACAUUGAUUAUUAUUGCAUAAUUAAUUCAUUAGCUUGUCGAUAAGAUAUCCAAUUAGUCGAUACUUUAUUGGGUGUCUUAAACUUGAGUAAGUUCCUUUGCACCGUUGCUAAUAACUGAAUCGCCUGCAGCAUAUGUACCUCCUAUAAAUAAUAGUUGGAGGACGAUGUCUAUUAAUAAGACCACCAGUUAUUUUCUAAAGGUUUCCUACAUUUCAAUAGUUUUCUCGAGGAAAUUUAAAAAUUGAUUUGAUGUGCACAUUCAUUUUUGCAAAGCGGUAAACUCCGUCCCCCUAUUUCUCAGAAACUAAUCACAGGAUUACUUAACUUUUGCUCAGGCAGGCGAGAAAUAUAUCUCACUGAAUUUUUAUAGAACUGGACUCUGGUACCUAUUUUCCAUAUGUUUUGUGAGAAGUACUUUUAUAUUAUUAUCUCUAGAUCUUCUAUUUGUUUCUAGAACGAUUGACCUAACUUUCAUUUUACUUCGUAAGUAAAAAGAAACGAAAAGAUGAUCGGGAGAUUUCGUUGAGCAAUGAACUGUAAUUCUUCUCAAAAAUUAUAACUCUAUUAUAAUACAAUCUAUCUUGGACUUGGAUGGGGCUUAGAAAUCAUUUUUCCAAAAAUUAGUUAGGUAUCUUCCAAUGGAAAACUUAUUGUUACGUUUUCGAUAUGCAAAAAUUUCGGCAAGACUACCUUUAAUUUUUCGAAAAAUGUAUUCUAAAUGUAUCAAGGUGCGUACUAGAUGGUGCCAAAGCAUUUUUGUGGAAUUUCUGAUUUCAUUGCAAACUGCAACAACUGUUGGCAAUAACAGGUAAAACCUGAGAUUGAUUUAUCAGACGAAUAUGAAUUCCGUAAUUAUCUUUUCAAAAAACAUUUAAUAAUUUGGCUACUUGAUUUUAUAUUGUGUUCGAAAGAAUUGGCAGCCGAAAAUUAGAGUGAAAUUCGAAUUUAGUACGUUUUUCGAGAUGGUAUGUGAUCGAAACUAGAAUAUCUAAAGAAAUAAAAAUAAUGUAUAAUAAUAUUCCCUUAUUCGUGGCUAUACCAGCGUGUUAUUAGCAUUUAGGUUAUUCCCAAAAGUGGCUGAAAACAAAUAAAAAAAUUUGGUCACAUCAUACUUUCGUUGAUCUAGCAUAUUUUAUAUUUGUUGUACCAGUGAAGACGCUUUAUACUUCAUACAAUCAUCAAGAUUGGAAAGUGGGGCGUAACACUGGACUUAGAAAAAUUAAGUUUAUAUGAUAAAAAAAUAGUCUGGGGUUUCAUAGAUCGCUUUAUGUCUUAUCAUUUCUUUAGUUUCUAAGUACGAUUUGUUAGAACAAGGGUCUCUCACCUGUUUGUCACUAUCGUAAUUAGAAACUAAGAAAUUUUGUAGGAGAAGACAUUUGGUAGUCUUUAGGGUCCUAGACAAUAUCUGAAUUGCUCUAAACGCCAGUCAACGGGUGUUUUAAUUGCAAGAAAUCGCUUUGGCUGAUGUCUAAACAUGUACAAAAGACGGAAAAACUUGUUGAAAAUACACUCAAUUUUACUGAACGAGUCAAGCUAUCAAGUUGAAAUUGUUGAGUUACACGUGAGAAGACAUUUUAGUGAAAAAAUCGGAAUGCAGUAAUUUUUAAUUUGUUCGGGUGGAUUAAUAUUUUUAACAUGUAACGAAGGUAUCUGUCGUUUUCAACAAGCCCAAUGUCCCCGACCUUUUGUUUUUAUACUGAUUACAAGUUCUAUCUUCUUUACGUUCGUUUUGAAACACCUUGUGGCUGCAACCUCAACGACGAGUAAGUUGUUUGACAAUUUAAAUCUGUCCUGUUUUCUUUGCUAGCAUCACAAUUGUGUUUUCAGAAUCCUGAUGAAGGCUCCAUAGAGAAUGGCGAAAGCUUGAUUUUAUCGUCAAAAGAGUCAACUUAAGCCUAAAAAUUUGCCAAUUUCCCAAUUAACAAUUAAUUGUAUUUUGCGCCUAACUGGUCGUUGGCUUUGGCAAUGACUACUGCUCAUAUAUAUAUAUAAUAUUUUUUUGCCCAUGUUGCUCGUGAGACGCCACUGGAAUUCAUAAUUAUUUUCUAGUUAGUGCUAUUUUAUCUUCUUAUUGCAAUGAACAAUAAAUACUGCCAAAUUCAACAAAAUGAGCACAAGAAUCUUUAAAAUAUUAAUAAAAAACAUUAUUUUAAAGGUUAAAGGUUGACACCUUGGUUUUGAAUACCAUGCAUUUUAGGACAGAUGUUUCUAUGAACUUUUCUACUUAAAUGUGGUUCAGGAAUGCGCCCUUGUAUUUACGGUGUUAUUAAGUAAUGCCCUGUAUACAAAAAACAUGAUUUUUUUUAACACUAGUUGACUGGCGUACCUAUAAUAUAAAAAAAUACUCGGAUGGAAGAGAGUGAGGUUUUUGAGAUUGUUUCGUGAUAGAUUUCGAGACAUUAUACUACAGUUCAUUUAGUGAUUUUAUAACUUAAGGAUAUUAAACGCUCAUUCCAAUUUAAAUAUCACGAAUCUCGUGCAAUUUUUCAAUGAAAAACGCAAGUGCGUUGCAGAGAUAUGUGCAUUUACUCAUAAAAAUGUAGAUUUAAAGUCCUGAACGUGGAAAUGUAGCGAUCAGAAAGCUUGUGUUGUUUUUUGUGAUAUUUGUUUGAUACACACCAAAUAAUAAGAAGUUCUAUAAUGAAACAUAGUACUAAGUCAUUUAUCGACUUUUGUGGUUUUUUUCUGGAAGUCCUGGAAGUCCUUCGCCAGAAGUUAACAACCCUUGGUUACACAGAUCGUUUUUGACACGUAUCUACUAAGGACAAAAAUAUUAUCAUAAAAGGAAUACUUGCAAUGUAGAAUUUUUCAUAUUUGGUAUGUAUAAUGAAAAAUAUUGACCAUUUGUUUUGUAUAUUAGCUUAUUUAUUGAGAAAUUUGUUAUUUUACCAAACAUACUAGUCUCCAUUAAAUAUAGCGUGCUUUUUUAAAUAAGUUUUCAAGCGAGUUUUUGUAAAACUACAUAUUAUUCAGUAAACUCUGUCAUUAUUUAUUGUACGGUUAAUCUUAGGCAGUUUGAGGUUUAUCAUUUAAAAAGUUUUAUAACUCUACACUGUUAAUAAUUAUGCAACCGAUUCAGAUAAAGGGAUAAAAGAGAUAGAUGUUUGCAAAUGUUAAUUUUGUUUUUAAUACCCCACAAGUGAGAGUUUGGAUAUUUUGUAAAUUAUUUUGCUUAUAAAGUAAUAAAUGAAGAAAGAACCAUCGUCAA